UACACACAAACCGCCAUGGCUGAUGCCGCAGCAAGACAGCUGCAAUAUGAAUACAAAGCGAAUUCAAAUUUGGUAUUGCAAGCUGAUGUACGUUUAAUUGAACGUCCCCGCCGCGAUGAAGCUACAGGAGAAGUUGUAUCGUUAGUUGGUAAAUUGGAUGGCACCCGUAUGGGUGAUCGCUAUCAACGAUCCAAGCCAGAGAAAACAGAAGAACGCAAGGCCAAACGACAGAAGCGUGAUGAGGCGCAAUAUGAUUUUGAGCGCAUGAAAGGUGCAACUCUUCUAUCGGAGGGUAUUGAUGAAAUGGUUGGCAUCGUUUACCGGCCAAAGACUCAAGAGACCCGCCAAACAUACGAGGUUUUGUUGAGUUUCAUUCAGGAAGCUCUUGGAGAUCAGCCACGUGAUAUUCUCUGUGGUGCAGCAGAUGAAAUAUUGGCUGUACUAAAGAAUGAUAAACUAAAGGAUAGAGAACGCAAAAAAGAGAUUGACGGUCUACUGGGAUCCGUCACGGAGGAGAGGUUCGCCUUACUGGUAAAUCUAGGCAAGAAAAUUACAGACUUUGGCUCAGAUGCUGUUAAUGCGUUGACAGCUAACAUCAAUGAGGAACAAAUCGAUGAGACAUAUGGAAUCAAUGUACAAUUCGAAGAAUCCGAAGAAGAAAGUGACAACGAUAUGUAUGGAGAAAUUCGUGAUGAAGACGGCCAAGAAGAGGGAGAAGAAGCAAAAAUUGAUCACACUCUACAUGCCGAAAAUCUUUUGGCCGAGGAAUCUGUAAAUGUGAAAAAGGAACGUGGUUUACACCCUCUUGAUAUUGAUGCCUAUUGGCUUCAAAGAUGCCUCAGUAAAUAUUACAAAGAUGCUAUGGUGUCGCAAAGUAAAGCAGCUGAUGUUUUGCGCAUUCUUAAGGAUGCUGCAGAUGAGCGAGACUGUGAAAAUCAACUUGUGCUGCUUCUUGGUUACGAUUGCUUCGAUUUCAUUAAACAACUUAAACUUAAUCGUCAAAUGAUUUUGUAUUGCACUAUGCUGGCAUCUGCCCAGACGGACAGCGAAAGACAACGCAUACGUGAAAAAAUGCGAAAUGAUCCUAAGUUGGCGAAGAUUUUAGUUCAACUCGAUACCGGCAAAACUGAGGACGAUGAGGGGUACGGCAACAAUUCACGAACAAGUAAAAUGGAUAAAUCGCAAAUGGAUGAUGGUGGCCAGGGUACGGCCGGACAGGUUGCUGGUCAACGCCAAGUAUUGGAAUUGGAAGAGUUGGCUUUCACUCAAGGUUCACAUUUUAUGGCCAACAAACGUUGUCAACUGCCGGACGGCUCUUUCCGCAAACAACGUAAAGGAUAUGAAGAAGUUCAUGUGCCGGCAUUGAAACAGGUUCCAUUUGAGGAUAAGGAAGAACUACAGCCCAUCGAUAAAUUGCCGAAAUAUGUGCAGCCUGUUUUCGAAGGAUUUAAGACCCUUAAUCGUAUCCAGUCACGUUUGUGGAAAGCUGCUUUGGAGUCGGAUGAAAACAUGUUGCUGUGUGCUCCCACAGGUGCGGGUAAAACAAAUGUGGCACUGUUGUGUAUGAUGCGAGAAAUUGGCAAGCACAUCAAUGAAGACGGCACAAUUAAUGCUGAUGAUUUCAAAAUCAUUUAUGUGGCUCCCAUGAAGUCUUUGGUACAGGAAAUGGUGGGUAAUUUCGGGCGUCGUUUGGCUUCGUAUAAUUUAACGGUAUCCGAAUUGACGGGAGAUCAUCAACUGACAAGGGAGCAAAUUGCUGCCACCCAGGUCAUUGUGUGUACACCCGAAAAGUGGGAUAUUAUUACUCGGAAAGGAGGCGAAAAGACAUUUACUUCCCUUGUCCGCUUGGUAAUUAUUGAUGAAAUACAUUUGUUGCAUGAUGAAAGAGGUCCCGUUCUGGAAGCAUUGGUGGCUCGUACUAUUCGUAAUAUUGAAGUCACUCAGGAAGAUGUACGUUUGGUGGGUUUGUCUGCCACUCUGCCCAACUAUCAAGACGUCUCAACAUUUUUACGUGUGAAACCCGACAAAGGACUUUACUACUUUGAUAAUAGUUAUCGGCCUGUCGCAUUGGAACAGCAAUAUAUUGGUGUCACCGAAAAGAAGGCAUUGAAACGUUUCCAAGUUAUGAAUGAAAUUGUCUAUGAGAAGACAAUGGAGCAUGCUGGACGCAAUCAAGUUUUGGUGUUCGUUCAUUCUCGCAAAGAAACUGGCAAAACAGCCAGAGCUGUACGUGAUAUGUGUCUGGAGAAGGAUACUUUGGGUAGUUUCCUGAGAGAGGGUUCUGCCAGUAUGGAAGUUUUAAGGACAGAAGCCGAACAAGUAAAGAAUACCGAACUCAAAGAAUUACUUCCCUACGGAUUUGCUAUCCAUCAUGCUGGUAUGUCCAGAGUGGAUCGUACACUGGUGGAAGAUUUGUUUGCCGAUCGUCAUAUACAGGUGCUGGUUUCCACUGCUACCUUGGCUUGGGGUGUUAAUUUACCCGCCCAUACUGUCAUCAUUAAGGGAACACAGGUGUACAAUCCUGAAAAAGGCCGUUGGGUUGAGUUGUCUGCCUUGGAUGUAUUACAGAUGUUGGGUCGUGCCGGUCGUCCUCAAUACGAUACCAAAGGUGAAGGUAUUUUGAUUACGAAUCACAGUGAACUGCAAUUCUAUUUGUCACUGCUGAAUCAACAGCUGCCAAUUGAGUCUCAAUUUGUUUCCAAGCUGCCGGAUAUGUUAAAUGCUGAAAUUGUCUUGGGCACGGUGCAGAAUGUUAAAGAUGCAGUCAAUUGGUUGGGUUACACAUAUCUAUACAUACGUAUGUUACGCAAUCCUCUCCUAUAUGGCAUUGGCCAUGAUGCACUCAAAGAUGACCCUUUGUUGGAACAACGACGUGCUGAUUUAAUACACACCGCUGCAUUGCAUUUGGAUCGUAGUGGUUUGGUAAAAUACGAUCGCAAAUCAGGUCAAUUCCAAGUCACAGCACUUGGUAGAAUUGCUUCACAUUAUUAUUGUACCCAUGAAACGAUGAUGACAUAUAAUCAACUUCUCAAGCAGACUUUGUCUGAGAUUGAAUUAUUCCGAGUAUUUUCCCUGUCUUCGGAGUUUAAACAUAUCGCAGUACGGGAGGAGGAGAAACUCGAAUUACAAAAGCUGAUGGAACGUGUACCAAUACCGAUUAAGGAAUCCAUGGAAGAGCACAGUGCCAAGGUUAAUGUGCUGCUGCAGGCGUAUAUUUCACAAUUGAAAUUGGAGGGCUUUGCUCUAAUGUCGGAUAUGGUGUUUAUUACCCAAUCGGCAUCUCGUUUGAUGAGAGCCAUUUUCGAAAUUGUCCUGCACCGAGGAUGGGCUCAGCUUGCCGACAAGACCCUGACUUUGUGUAAAAUGAUUGAUCGCAGAAUGUGGCAGUCGAUGACACCCUUGAGACAGUUUAAGAAAAUGCCCGACGAAAUUGCUAAAAAACUGGAAAAGAAAAAUUUCCCCUGGGAACGUUUAUACGAUUUGGAACCCCAUGAAAUUGGUGAGCUGAUAAGAGUGCCGAAAUUGGGUAAGACUAUACACAAAUUUGUUCAUCAGUUCCCAAAAUUGGAAUUGUCUACCCACAUUCAACCUAUUACAAGAUCCACCUUGAGGGUUGAGCUGACAAUAACACCCGACUUUCAGUGGGAUGAAAAAGUCCACGGUUUAUCUGAAGGUUUUUGGAUUUUGGUAGAAGAUGUAGACUCGGAAAUUAUAUUACAUCAUGAAUUCUUUUUGCUCAAGGAGAAAUACUGUCAGGAUGAACAUCAAUUGAAAUUCUUUGUACCGGUCUUUGAACCUUUACCACCGCAAUAUUUCUUGCGUAUUGUAUCCGAUCGUUGGAUUGGCUCAGAAACCCAAUUGCCCGUUUCGUUUAGGCAUUUAAUAUUGCCCGAAAAGAAUAUGCCACCGACGGAACUUUUGGAUUUGCAACCAUUGCCCAUUUCGGCAUUGCGUAACCCCAAAUUCGAAGAGUUUUAUCGUGAGAAGUAUCCCCAAUUCAAUCCGAUACAAACACAAGUCUUCAAUGCCGUCUACAAUAGUGACGAUAAUGUCUUCGUCGGAGCCCCAACCGGAUCAGGUAAAAUGACAAUUGCAGAGUUUGCGAUUAUGCGUCUGUUCUCCCAGCAUGCUGAUGGCCGUUGUGUUUAUUUGGUAUCUAAGGAAGAUUUAGCGGAUUUGGUAUUUGCCGAUUGGCAUACAAAAUUUGCCAAUUUGGGUCUUAAGGUGGUUAAGCUCACCGGUGAAACUGGUACCGAUCUGAAGUUGUUGGCCAAGGGCCAGUUGAUAAUUACCACUGCUGAUAAAUGGGAUGUGCUGUCACGUCGUUGGAAGCAGCGUAAGAAUGUGCAAAAUAUACAACUUUUCAUUGUCGAUGAACUGCAAUUGGUGGGUGGUGAAGAUGGCCCCGUCCUGGAAGUGGUCUGUUCGAGAAUGCGUUACAUUUCUUCGCAGAUCGAAAAACAAAUUCGAAUUGUCGCCCUGUCAUCGUCGUUGGCAGAUGCUAGAGAUGUGGCCCAAUGGUUGGGUUGCAACACAAAUGCCACUUUUAAUUUCCACCCUAGUGUCCGGCCAAUACCAUUGGAAUUACAUAUACAAGGAUUUAAUAUUACGCACAAUGCCACUAGGAUAGCGUCAAUGUCCAAACCGGUGUAUAAUGCCAUUUUGAAAUACAGUCCGCAUAAGCCGGUCCUUGUGUUUGUCUCUUCACGCAAACAGGCACGUUUGACUGCCAUUGAUAUACUGACAUACAGCGCUUCAGAUUUGCAACCAAAUCGUUUCUUCCAUGCCGAGGAGGAGGAUAUUAAACCAUUUUUAGAUCGUAUGACAGAUAAAACUCUUAAGGAAACCCUUUCUCAGGGUGUGGCAUAUCUUCAUGAAGGUCUAACCGCCUCGGAUCAUCGUUUGGUGGAACAGCUGUUCGACUCGGGAGCUGUACAAGUGGCUGUUGUGGCCAAAGAUCUAUGUUGGGGCAUGAGUAUUUCAGCCCAUUUGGUGAUCAUCAUGGAUACGCAAUAUUACAAUGGUAAAAAUCAUUCCUAUGAAGAUUAUCCCAUUACCGAUGUUCUACAAAUGAUUGGACGUGCCAAUCGGCCCAUUGAAGAUGCCGAUGCCAAAUGUGUGCUUAUGUGUCAGUCAUCGAAGAAGGAUUUCUUUAAGAAGCUGCUAAACGAACCACUGCCCAUCGAAAGUCAUUUGGAUCAUCGUUUACACGAUCACUUCAAUGCCGAGGUGGUAACCAAAACCAUUGAAAACAAACAGGAUGCCGUCGAUUAUUUGACAUGGACAUUCCUCUACAGACGUCUCACACAAAAUCCCAACUACUACAAUUUGCAGGGUGUAACACAUCGUCAUUUGUCCGAUCAUUUGUCGGAAUUGGUAGAGAAUACAUUAUCCGAUUUGGAACAAUCGAAAUGUAUUAGCAUUGAAGAUGAUAUGGAUACGCUGCCAUUGAAUUUGGGCAUGAUUGCCGCCUACUAUUACAUCAACUAUUCGACAAUAGAACUUUUCAGUUUGUCGCUUAACAGCAAGACCAAGGUUCGGGGUUUGUUGGAAAUUAUAUCCUCUGCUGCUGAAUAUGAGGAUAUUGUUGUAAGGCAUCAUGAAGAGAAUAUUUUGCGGACAUUGUCGCAGCGUUUGCCAAAUAAAUUGACUGGUCCAAAUGAAACAGCACCCAAAUUUAAUGAUCCCCAUAUUAAGACCAAUCUUUUGCUGCAAGCCCAUCUUUGUCGUCUCCAGCUGGGACCCGAAUUACAAGGUGAUACUGAAUUGAUUUUAGGAAAAGCCGUGCGUUUAAUACAAGCCUGUGUGGAUGUGCUCAGUUCAAAUGGUUGGCUUUCACCAGCAGUUGCAGCUAUGGAAUUGGCACAAAUGGUCACACAAGCCAUGUGGAGCAAAGAUUCAUAUCUUAAACAAUUGCCGCAUUUCAAUGCUGACAUUAUCAAACGAUGCACAGAAAAUAAAAUCGAAACUGUUUUCGAUAUUAUGGAAUUGGAAGAUGAAGAUCGUUCCCGCCUAUUGCAAUUAAGCGAUGCCCAAAUGGCCGAUGUUGCACGUUUCUGUAAUCGUUAUCCGAAUAUUGAAAUGAACUUUGAAGUUGUGGACAAGGAGCACAUUAACUCUGGUUCAACGGUCAAUGUUGUGGUGCAAUUGGAGAGAGAGGAUGAAGUAACUGGUCCAGUUAUUGCACCAUUCUUUCCACAGAAACGCGAAGAAGGUUGGUGGGUUGUUAUUGGUGAUCCAAAAACAAAUUCAUUGCUAUCCAUCAAACGUCUUACAUUGCAACAAAAGGCUAAAGUCAAACUUGAUUUUGUUGCACCCAGCCCCGGGCGUCAUGAAUAUACGUUAUAUUUUAUGAGCGAUUCAUAUUUGGGCUGUGAUCAAGAAUACAAAUUUGACAUUGAUGUGGGUGACUUCCAAUCGGAAAGUGAAAGCGAAUCGGAUUAA